GUGACUCCACACACCGCAGAAGAUGUGCGCUUUCCGCAGUGCUAGCUCUCAGGAAUUAACGUCUUAACAUCGAACAUUUUCACUCAACACCUGGGUCGGCUUGGUUAGGUGUUUUGAUAUGACGAACAGAAGUAUCGCCGUAAUUUUGCUCUGGACGUGCGUGAUCUGGAACAGAAUGUUGGUCUCAGAAGGAUCUGCCUGCUCUGAGCCGCCAGAGUUUUUGCCCAGUGCAUCAUCUGAGGUCUGGACCACCGAAGGGACCACCGUCACCCUGAACUGCACUGUCCUGCUGGCCUGGGACAUCAGUGACCCCAGCUGUGACGCCAGCCUGCGGUGGCUCAGAGAGGCUGCACCCAUCAACGCCAGCUGCUAUCCCCAGAACACCACCGAAUGUAACCAUGGCAACCAGACCCAGGUGAGCAGCGUGCUGCAGGUGAAGCUGACGGACUCGACAGACUUCGGGUUCUACAGCUGCGUCGUGAGGAACGUAUCGGUCACCUUCAGCUUACACAAGUCAAACCUGACCAGUCACACGGCUACAGUAGUGGCGGCCUUCACCCUCCUGCUGCUGCUGGGCCUGGCUGCACUCGUCUACUCCAGGUGCCACCUCAACCUGAAGCUCUGGCACAAGAACACCUACGGAGACUACGAGAUCAACGAUGGUAAAAUGUAUGAUGCGUACAUCUCUUACAUCAACGAUGAGAAUGACAGGAAGUUUGUGAACUUCAUCCUGAAGCCUCAUCUGGAGAACAGAUACGGACACAAACUGCUGCUCAACCACACAGACAUCCUACCAGGAGCAGAGCCAUCUGCAGAGCUGGUGAUGAGUCUGAGCCGGAGUCGUCGUCUCAUCGUGGUCCUCUCUCAGUCUUACCUACAGCAGGAGUGGUGCACCAGCAACUUCAGGCAGGGACUGUGGCAUCUAAUGGAGCUGUCCCAGAGGCCGAUCUUCAUCAUGUUCCAGGCUCAGCAGAAGCAGCUCAGCCUGGAGGUGGCGCACCAGCUCAGAGAACACGAACACCGCGUACACACACUCAUCUGGGGACCACGCUCCAUGACCCCCUCGUCUUCGUUCUGGAAGGAGCUGGCACUAGUGAUGCCCCGUAAGGUGACCUAUCACAGCAGCCGGUCUGCGGGGGAUCCCCAGACACUCUUCCAAGGGGACAAGGACCCCAUGCUUUCUCUGCGCCCCGACUACCUGGACUGCCGCCCGGACCCGGACCCUGCUGGAGACCUGGGGGUCAGGCUGCCCUCCAAAGCUCCGGUGCUGCCUGCGGCCCCAGUGGCCCCUGACCUCUCCUCUGACCUCUCCUCUGAGCUCCGCCCCGCAGACAUCGACGUGUCUGACCUCGGCCUACGCAACUACGCUGCACGCACGGACUUCUACUGUCUCGUCACAGAGGAUGAUAUCUGACUGAAGAGAGAGAUGAGUGAGAGAUAGCAGCAAAGCUUCAUGUGUGACUGUAUGUGUGUGUGUGUGUGUGUGUUUGUGUAUGUGUGUGGACUGUACUGUACGUGUGCAAAUGUCUACUAUAUGUAUGUGUUUUUCACAUUACAUUUUGCUGAUGCUUUUUAACCAAAGUGACUUUCAACAGGGGUGGAGUGGAACAAGGACAGUGCAUUCAGUCCAUAUAGUCAAGUGUCAGUUCUAGUCAGGGAAGUCAAGUGCUAGAAUUAGCAUCAAUCAGUAUCUCAGCAGAAAGAAGACAUCAGAAAGGAUUCGCAAGGAUUGGAAGUGGGAGUCUCUUUGUUGUCUUUUUAAAAAUAUAUAUUUUUGUAAAAAUAGAAGCGGAACGUGAUCCAGAUGGUGUGCAGUGCAUUCCUCCCCUGGCCUUGGCCAGUCUUCAUUUCACCACGUCACUCCAUGCUGCUUCCCUGCUUCCUUAUGUUUUAUGUCAACAGAAACCACAGCGCAGCUGUUUGCAGGGACUGCGCAACCAUAAUGGCACAGUAUGAUUUAAGCAAGCCCACAAAUCUCCACAGAAGGAAAGAAAAUCUGCACAAACUGAACAGAGUUCAGACUUUUAAGGUGCUUGCUUUCUGUUAUACUGUAGUACUAUGGUACUACUCCCUCACAUGUAAAUAUUUCGUACAAAUGUAAAGAGCUGAACCAUUUAAGUGUAUAUUUGUAUUGGUGUUUGUAUCUGUGUUGUACUGUAAAUGGGCAAAUUGAUUACCAAUUUAAAAUAUGAAUCAUACUUUUCUUUGUCUUCAUCUUUGUAACUACUGUAAGUGUGACCUAAAUUAUUUUAUGUAUGAAGGUGUUUUGAUUCUGUUGGACAAAUGAUUGUUUGAUCGUUUAGAUUUUUAGUGACUAGAAAGCUUGACGCCUGGCACUGCUGUGCUGUGACCAUGAGCAGCUGUAAGACACUGUGCAAAAAAUGUAUAA